GCAGCUUGAGCUUCAUCAGCCGCUCAUUCGAUUUGACCAUCCAUGCAGCAAAUUUCGUCCUCUUUUAAAGUUAUUAAUUCAUUCCCCCCAACCGCUAAGAUAAGGAAACAAAACAACGUGGGCUUUUCCCGAUUGAUUUAUACCUUCGUACCGACCUCCUGUUGGGAAUUGCUCUUUAGGAAUUACGUGACAUGCCACGGCUCAAAAAGUUUCGGUUUAGCACGAAAGUCGUAAAAAAACGACAAGUCAACGGCGGGGGCUCAUCAGUGACGAUGAAGCUGCCAACACCCGUCACCUCAUCGUCAACCAGCACAACCACCAUGACAAUAAAGGACGAUGUCCCCACACUGCCAUCGUCCUCCUCACCUCAUCCUCAUCUGGUUUGCGUCGUUUGCUACAACCAGUUCCCCUAUUACACUUUAAGCUGCAUCCCCUGGGAGUCUGCAGUGACGAAGGAUUUCUAUGUGGCUCUCAACAUCCCGGAGGAUGACGCAGUUGCAGGACUCCCAUUUUGUCCAGAAUGUCAUUCAAAGGUGGCUGUGAUGUUCACACUUCACCAACAACUUCAAAAUAUUCUUCAGAGUUUCAACUGUGUAAGGAAUGACCUCGCCUUCACCGUGGUUGACUCUAUUGGGCAAAACUGUCGAAAGGGACCCAUGGAUUUGAUAAGACAACAAAUCUAUAAACGAUGGAAAGACUUGCACGCCAAAGCGAAUGAGAUCAAGAGUGGAGACGUGUACGAUCCAGAGUCUACCUUGGCUUAUCUCACCCCUAAGUUGAGCGUUGCGGAUGAGUUUCCAACGAACCCAUCCACCAUGACCAUGUCCGGCGCUGCGAAGGAGAGAUUUAGUCAGCUCAGACAGACGCCGGGCUCACUAGGAUUAGGAACUAUCAUUCCCAAAAGAAAACCUGGACGACCUCCCAUAAACAAACCAACUAGUGGUAUGGGCAUGCCAAAAUUGGAGCCGAUGGAAAACAUUAAAUUGAUGGCCGAUGGGCAAGCUGGUCCCUCUAGAUCAAUGCGUCAGGCUGUGAAGAGGGGAGAAGUCACUCUGGGACAAUCAAAGAUUGGGAAAGCGAAUCUUAAGCUUGGUCUAAUUCAGAAACCUAAAUUGACCAUCUCGAAUAAAAAAAUCAAGACGACGGGUUCUGCUACAGCUGCCAGUAAAGGCAAAUUCCAAUUGACUAAUCACUUCACAUCAAAUUCAGCCUACCGGAAAAAGUCUCCGAAACGCCUUGCCAACGGUCGCUGGAAAUGCAAUUACUGUCCUAUCACAUACAUCAAUUCUGUCUGCGUAUCUCAACAUGAGUCUCGCUGUCAUCCACAAACCCGCCCGUUCCUCUGUACCAUGUGUCCCAAGGGAUUCCUCACUCUGGACGGGAUGCGGAAACAUCUCCAAGCUAUGCACAAUGAUGUGGUCGAAGGAUGUGCCAAAUGUCCCUACUGUCCCAGACACUUCACCCGAAAGAAUGGUUUCAGCCAACACAUUUCCACCUUUCAUAAGGGAAAGAAAACUCCAAAUUUUGAACUGUUGAUUAAAUCGUCCAAGGAUACGCUGGUGGUCCCUCCAAAGAAUAAAGUGGGAAAUAAAGGUAUGAAAGUACUUGCGCCCUCGAGGUUACCGCCCUCGAGUGUUACAGUCCCGAUACCCAAAGGAUCUCCCCCAUCUCCAGAGAUUACAGACUUGGAAAGCAGCUCUUCCAGCAAGAAGAAGCAGACUCCUGGAAAGCAUGGAAGAAAGAAGUCGUCGUCGUCUUCCUCUGAAGUAAAAAAUGUAUCCACUUCUCCAAAUGAGGACAUGCAACUUGAAGUGGUUGUGAAGGAGCCCUUGACCAAUGGAGGGUCGUCAAUUAGUCCUAACAAGUUUGAUAACAAGAAAGAGACUGAGGAUGAGGAAACGGAGCCGCGUCAAUCAGAACCAGUUAGCGAAACUAAUGCGGUUAAUGAGGACGACAAAAAGCAAAAUGAGUCCAAAACUGAAAGGAAUGAGUCAAGGACGUCUCUCGCAUCACAUUCAACUGACGCGGAAGGUGAAGACGCUCUUCCGUCCAAAAGGCGACGCACCUCCACUUUGUAUCUUCCCCUUCCCACUAGACGAAGAUCUGCCCCAAUGGUCAAAAAGCCGAAGCCAAUUUUGACCUGUCCCGUCUGUAACAAAACGUUUCUGGGCCCCCAUGCUCUUGCGGGGCAUGGGAAGAGCCACCGUGGACGUGGAGGGAGGACUAAGGAGACUGAGGAAGAAGAUGGGGGUGGUGGCAGUACGAAUGACGGGGAAGAGACCAAGGGAAGUAGUUCUCAGGAGAAGAAUGGUGAGGAUGGUAAUGCCACCAUUGACGAUACUGAUAAUAGUGACAACGAUUUACCUAAAAAAGGUGACAAAAUUGCCAAGGAUAAUGUCACGGAACCAGAAGAUGAGCAACUCGCAGGCUCCAAUGGUCAUAUAGUCAUAGAAUAAUUAUUUAAUGCGCCUUUUAAUGGGCUACGCAAUAUUAUCACAAUAACUACUUCAACCAUACUUUUAUAAAAUAUUACAUUUUUGUAUUCUUUCAUUUAAUAAUUAGUUUUAACACAAUUUAUAACUUGAAUUGUGCUCUUUUUAUUGCUCAACAUAAAUGUAACAGCGAUUUAGUGUGGUUACCUGCUAAUUUAGUGAAGUAUGAUGACUUUCCCAAUGUUAGACAGUUGCCUGUUUUUGAAUUUUGUUUGGUCCGUUUCCCGUCGGAAAAGAUAGAUCGAUACUUGACUGCGAAAGUAUUACAUAUUAUGAGUUGGUUGGUACAUUUUUUUAAAUCAAGGUACCUAAUUAAUAGCCGCAUGAAUCACCCCAAAUGAUCAACAUGUAUUUAGUUGCACUACUCUUCUGAAUGUAAUAAAAAAAUACUUUAGCACUUGCUGAAUUACAUUGAAAA